AUGUGCCGAUUCAAUAUACAGAAGUUUCUACUACCCUUAGAUAACAGUUUAUUUACUAGAAUUAGACCUCUAAUUUACGGACCUAGAGAAAUGGUGAAACCGCAUUUACAUUUAUGCAUUGCACGGGGUGAAGACGUUCACUAUCUUAAAAGAUUUGGAUUGGACCAUGUUUGGGGAAAAAUUUACUUCAUAAGUUUGCACAUUUGGCUUGUUAAUCGCAGAUUUCAUGCCAACAGAAAUCGCAUACGUAAAAUCGUUAUUUGGGAUAUGCUGUGGGAGUACAUUCGUUAUUUGAUGUUUAACAUCGAAGUACGCGAAGGAAACUUUGGUAAAACGUUGAAAAAGGUGCAAGAACAGGUCUACGGUCUAUCAUUAGCUCUGGACCAAUCCCUUGAUACGUGCCAACUCGAAGCUGAACAAUUGGCAGCCAUGAAAUAUGCCCUAUGGGUAUUUUUAUAUAAUAUGGACAAGCAAAUGGAGUAUAGCAAUGCACUAAUGAAUGUAACAAUGUAUGUAAUGGACAUGAACAACUUUAUCGCAUUAUUACCCAAGGAAGAGUUUAAGCAGGGUGCUUUUAUAUGGCCACACUAG